CACUGUCAUAAGAUAAAACCCUAAAAAGCAAAAUUUGCAGAGAGUAAACAACAAAGAAGACGAAAAAAUGAGACCAUUAGAUGAAACAGAAACAAGCGUAGUCUUCGAAAAACUCUUCAAAUUCGUAGGAAACAACCUAAAAAACCUCGUAGAAAAUCCAUCACACGAAGGACCCGAAUCAAACCCAGGUCGCUAUUGUUUCCGUCUCAACAAGAACAAAAUCUACUACUGCAGUGAAUCCCUCGUGAAACGAGCCACAAACAUCGCAAGACCCAAUCUUAUAUCACUCGGAACAUGCAUCGGAAAAUAUACUCACGGUGGUAAAUUCCAUCUCACGGUUCAAGCAUUGAAUCUUCUUGCUGCAAAUGCAAAACAUAAGGUGUGGCUUAAACCUCAAUCUGAAAUGUCGUUUUUGUAUGGUAAUCAUGUUUUGAAGAGUGCGUUAGGUAGAAUUACUGAAAAUAUUGGUGCUGGUGAUGGGGUUGUUGUUUUUUCUAUGUCUGAUGUUCCUUUGGGUUUUGGGAUAGCUGCUAAGUCUACUCAGGAUUGUAGGAAGUUGGAUCCUAAUGGUAUUGUUGUGUUGCAUCAGGGUGAUAUAGGUGAGUAUUUGAGAAUGGAGGAUGAACUUUGAAUUUGAAUUUGAAACUAUAUACCAAUCAUGAUGUUUUUGGAAUUUUGAUUGUUGGGUUAUUGUUGUAUUUGUAUAAGUUUGUGUAAUGCAAAUGUGUUUUUUGUUUGU